AGUAAGCGAGAGCUUACUAUUGUAGUCGAGUUCCUUGCGUCGAGCAGUACGGAACAGUUUUCUAUUUGUGAAAUUUCAGUUGAAAUUUGUCAAGUAUUGCAUAUACAAAAAUAACUACCUCACGAAUAGCAUUAUCUAGGCUCAUUAGAAUUUUUCAUCAAAAAAAGAGAUAAUUAUAUACACACAACUCUAACCGACGGAAACUAACCUUAGAACUAGAUUAUAAAUACAUUCUCACACAAACCGCGUACCAAUACCAAUAAUAAGAAACAGUGAGACGAGCGAGCGGCUGACACGUAUCAUCGGCUUUAGUAUACAUAGAAUAUUCAACGUCUCAACUACGAUUAAAGAAAGACUUUGCACUAUAAAUUUCGCCAAAGAGAAAGGAACUGUUGCUUUGUACAAUAUCAUUGGCACAUAUCCGAGUGUGGAAGAAUUAGAAUAGAAAUAAUAUCAGAAUAGACAUUGCGAUAUUAAGAUGACUUCCACGAUUGCAACGGUCGUAAUCGGUUGCGUAGCAGCAGGAGUAACUUUAAUAACGCUCCCGAGAUUUUUUAAGCGAACAAAAUUUGCGAAACGCUCACAUGAACUAGCCGUGUUGCAAGACGCAGGAUGGACUAAAAUUGGAUCAAUUAAGGAGUUAUACGCUUAUCCGAUUAUAUAUAGCAAAGAAAAUGAGGUUAAAGAAUGCACUUUUCAAGAGGAUGGACUUGUAAUAGAAAGUCAUGGAAAUAAACUUCGGGAUAAAAUGUUCGUAAUAUUCGACGAAGAUACCCAAUGCGUUCAAAGCUACAGGAAUCUCACGGCAAUGCUUAGGCUGAUGGUGGAAGUUCCCUCUAAAGAUAAGAUAUGCCUCAAACAUGACGGUAAUACUUUGUUCCUAGACUUACAAAAUACUGUCCUGAAGAAACCGGAAGCGAUAGAGUGCAAAAUAUGGAACCAUGCAAACGAAACGUUGUACUAUAUAGAGUGUGUCGAUUGCGGCGAGGAAGCCGCUGAAUGGGUAUCCCACACUUUAAUUGGUAAAAAAUGUGGUCUACGAUUGGGAUACUAUCGGAAUAAAACAUUGAGAACAAUAACUCUUUGGGAAACCUUCGGCGGAUUACGUGAAAUAAAAGAUAGCCUGAAAAAGACUAUCCAACAAGAAAUGGAUAACAACAAGCAGCUGCCGAUUUACACGAUGGUAGCACAGCAAUCGAUGGAAGAAGUGAAUAAGUCAUUAUUGAGAGACAAGGGAGCCUACGAUUUCAGUGCGAAUUUUAUCAUCACGGUUAAGAGACCCUUCGACGAAUGUCAAUAUAAAUAUUUCAAAAUCGGCAAUGAUGUAAUAAUCUGUAACGUCAAUCCAUGGCAAAGACCUCGAAUCAAUCCGAUAAUAAUUCCCAACGACUUGAAGUUAAAACUGAUGCCAAUUAAUUGCAAAGUGCUCAAACCUGGAAAAGUGAGAGUGAAUGAUGACGUGUAUGUUCGUACUAUUGCAGACGUAUGAAUAACGAAGAUGAUUUAUUUUACACUUUUCUAAUAACUUGUUUAUUAAAUUGAUCAAUAUUAUCGACGACGGGGAACGAUCGAGUGAAAUCGAAUUCCCUCUAAGGUUUCAUAAUUUUAUGCUAGAUUGUAUUAUUAGGUUCAUUUAAUAAUACUAGAUUUACCGGAUAAUAAGUCAAUGUGCGCUCGAUUGUGUUGGAAACGAUGAACUUACCGAUGUGCAUACUAUAUACAAGUAUAUUAUAUAUACACUUAAAAUAAGAAUAUAUAAUAUAUUUUAGUACAUACGUAUAAACAAAAGUAUAAUUGUCGUUAAUACGUAGUAUAACGACAUUAUACCAAUACAAUGAAUUGUUUGCGUAUAGUAACAUCCAAUAGAUCCAGCAACAUACAUAAUGACUAAAUUUUCAUGACGAAAAUACCGAUAAAAGAUAUGAAAUCUUGCGCGCAUUAUAUUAUUUAGAUUUUAUCUUUUUAAUUUUUAUUCGUGUACUAUUAUUUUUAGCAAAUUCGUUUCACUUGUUUUGUUACUCACUUAUUAAUAAUGAUUUAUUCGUAAUAUGUAUUUUGCAUGGAUAUCAAUUUAUCAUUUAUUACAUGUAUUAAAUAUUUAUAGUGUCUUGCACCCUUCGUUUUUUUUAUAAACAUAAAUCAUAAAUAUUUCCUGAAAUAUCGAAAAUAAAACACACUAUAAAUAGAAAUAUAGAUAUUUUGUUAUAAUAAUUGUAAUAUUCUAAGCUUAGUCAUUUUCCGAUGUAAAAUUUUGGAAUCAUUAUUGAUCCACAUGUGUAAGCUAUCUCCUUCUUAAAGAAAUAUUUAUGAAUUUUGUUGUGUAAUGCUAUAUAAUGUAACGUGUAUUAAGAUAAUCCAUGUAAUACGUGUAUACAAAAAAAAAUAUUAUACAUAAAAUGUCUUAUAAUGUACAUAA